UAAUAAUUGUUGCAAAUUCAACAGAAAUUAUCGAAAUUACUGUCGAUGAUUAUGAUAUGGAUUGUGAUGAACAUGAAUCAUAUUUAAAAUUUUUUGAUGGUUGGAUACAUAAUAAUAAUGAAAUAUGGCCAAAUGAAGCAGAUCAUAAGAAAAAACGACGUGAAAAUCGUUAUGAAUCAUUUUGUAAUCAAAAAGAUAAACCAAUCCGAUCACAACAGAAUAUUGUACAAAUUUUUUAUCGUAUCAAACAAAGCGGUAGGGGAUUUCGUUUACGUGCCAAAUUUAUCGAAACUCCUGAACCCUGCAAUCGAAUUAUACGUGCACGUGAUCGUACAGUAAUCGGACAAACAUAUAUAAUGGAAACAGUAAGAUCAUCCAGAGUUUGUACAAUACUUAUUGUUGAUUUUCCAUGGGAUAAACAAUCACUUACUGGUAUGGUAUUUCAAAUAAUUGAUUUACAAGUAAAAGAUCAAAUUAAUACUUGUUUAGCUAAUAAAACUAUGUGUUCAUCAAUGAAAAGUAAAGAUUAUAUAAAAUUUUAUGGUGAUAAUCGUAUUGAUUUUUCCAGUUUAUUAAUGAAAAAAGGCUUUGAAUUUUGUUUUGAUUCAGAUGAAUAUCCAGUACAAUAUUUAGUUAGAUAUUGUCGUAAUAUGGCUGUACGUAUGAUGUCAAGUGGACAAUUUAUAAAUCAUUUAGAAUUUAAAUUAAAACCAAUACACAGUGUACAAUCAUCACCGACAAUGCCAUUCGGCGAACAUAUACCAUAUUAUCGUUUAUGUCAACGACCUAAAUGGACAAAACCAAAAUUAAAAAAACGUUCAAUUAAGAAAAAAGGUUUAUUAUUUUUUCUUAAUGCUGAUUAUGAUGUUCGAACUGGUGUAAGAAUAACAACAACAAAAGACUAUUUAUUUCCUUUUUAUAUAAGGAUCGGCUAAUUGGUCCUUUGGUUCCGAUAAAUGUAAUUUUGAUUAAACCAUUAUA